AUGGCGGCGGCGGAGGCGGUGGGGCGGGACGCUCUACCUGAGCACUGGUCCUAUGGCGUCUGCAGGGACGGCCGGGUGUUCUUCAUCGAUGACCUGACCCGCUCUACUACUUGGCUGCAUCCUCGCACCGAGGAGCCCGUCAACUCCGGCCACAUGAUCCGCUCAGAUCUGCCCCGCGGCUGGGAGGAGGGGUUCUCCGAGGAGGGAGCCAGCUACUUCAUUGACCAUAACCAGCAGACCACGACAUUUAGACAUCCUGUGACAGGACAUAUUUCUCCAGAAAACAUUGAAUUUAUUUUACAAGAAGAGCAGAAUUCACACAUGUCCAAGCAACAAGUAAACCAAAGACCCUCAAGCAUGGUCAGUGAAACAUCCACUGCAGUAACUACAUCCACUGUAGAUACAAAACCUGGCUCCAAGGUUUUAAAAUCUGGCAAUAAAGUUCACAGCUUUGGAAAGAGGGACCAGUCUAUCAAGAGGAACCCUAAUGUUCCUGUUGUGGUGAGAGGCUGGCUACACAAACAGGAUAGCUCUGGAAUGAGAUUAUGGAAAAGACGAUGGUUUGUGCUGUCUGAUUAUUGUUUGUUUUACUACAAAGACAGCAGAGAAGAAACUGUUUUGGGUAGCAUACCAUUACCUAGUUAUGUAAUAUCUCCCGUUGGACCUGAAGAUCGCAUAAACCGCAAGUAUUCCUUUAAGGCUGUCCACACAGGGAUGAGGGCAUACAUUUAUAAUAAGAGUUCUGUUAUUGGCUGUCAGGGAGAGCAUUCAGGAAUGCGCACAUACUACUUCAGUGCAGAUACCCUAGAGGAUAUGAAUGACUGGAUCCGUGCCAUGAAUCAAGCUACUCUGAUGCAAACACGUUCAUCACUGAAGAGAGAAACAGAAAAAGCGGAUCAGCAAGCUGUUCCCCAAGCUAACCAUGUGGAUUCCUGCAAAGAGCGUGCAAAGGUGGAUACUGCUGAUAUAAAAGAAAGUUAUCAAAAAGCAACUGAAACCUUUGGAUACGAUAGGCAUGAAGAGAUAAGAAAAGAAAGAGAAGAUGAGGAACGUUAUGUCUUCAGAAAAGAAAUUCUGGAAGCUAAGAGGGGAAAAUUUAAGCAUCCAUUAACAUCAGGAGAAGUUGAUCAGUUUCCAGAUUUAACAAGUGCAUCUCGACCCCAAGUAGCUCAGCCUCAGCCAGUUGAGAAGAAUGGGACAUUUCCUAGUUCAUUAAACAUGAGUGUUGGCCCAGUGGAGCAGAAUGGUACCAGUUUGUAUAAAAGAGGGUUUGUUCCCAGAGCAAAUCCGGAUAAACAGAUGCAAAGGAAAAACAACAUGACUCAAGUGGAGCAUUGGGUAAAAGUCCAAAAAGGAGACACACAAAGUCUUGCUCCUGAUCAGAUUCUAACUCGUCAAGGUCCCAGUCAGUCUUCGUCUUUUCCUGAAAAUUAUCAUACCUUGCCAAAGAAUACCAGGCAGCCUUCAGGGAGCUCUCCUCCACCAAAUCGCAACUUGCCAAGUGACUACAAAUAUGCCCAGGACCGUGUUAGUCACUUGAAAAUGUCCCAUGAGGAGAGGAAAGCUAAUAAGGAUGGUACUGUAUGGCAGCUAUACGAGUGGCAACAGAGACAGCAGUUUAAACAUGGCAGUCCAACUGCUCCAGUUUAUGCAGGUUCUCCGGACUUUACUGACCGUGGUAAAGCAAAAAGUUCACUAGAUGUUCCACGAUCAAUUUCUGUUCCUCCAUCUCCUUCCGAUAUUCCUCCACCAGGACCUCCAAAAAUCUUUCCACCAAGGAGACCGCACACUCCUGCAGAAAGGGUUACUGUUAAACCGUCUGAUGGGAGACAGAGUAUAGACAUACCUUUUGCUGGAUCUCCAAGGAGGAUACGAAAUCAUGCUGUAAAGAAUUCAGCACACGUUGAUAGACGCUCCAUGCCUACUAUGGGAUAUAUGACCCAUACUGUAAGUGCACCCAGUUUACAUGGCAAGUCGGCUGAUGACACCUACAUCCAGCUGAAGAAAGACUUGGAAUAUCUGGAUCUAAAGAAGCUGUCUCCUUUUAUGAUAACAAUAAAAAAUAAUGGACCUCUGAUCAACAUGGUUUACAAAGUGCUAAAGAACUCAGCACAAGGGUUACUGUCCGGUAUAAAUGUGACAGGGCGUGAUAUACUAAAAGAACGAAGUACAAAACCUGUCAAGAUUGCAGAAAGUGAUAUUGAUGUCAAGCUAAGCGUUUUCUGUGAACAGGACGGGAUUCUACAGGACUUGGAAGACAAAAUAAGAUCCCUUAAGGAAAAUAAAGACCAGUUGGAAUCUGUUUUGGAGGUUUUGCAUAGACAGAUGGAACUGUACAAAGACCAACCACAGCAUGCAGAAAAAAUUUCUUCCCAGCAGAGACUUUUGCAAGAGGACCUCAUUCAUAUUCGGGCUGAAAUAUCCAAGGCAUCCACUGAAAUGGAAAAUGCUUGGAAUGAAUAUCUGAAAUUGGAAAAGGAUGUGAACCAGCUGAAGCAAGCCUUACAGGAACAGAUGAACAGAUCAUUUUUUCCUCAGGAGAAAACACAAAUGCAAAAAGAUUUAUGGAGAAUUGAAGAUGUCACAGCUGGCCUAAGUGCAAAUAAAGCAAACUACAAAGUCAUAGUAGAUUCUAUAAAAAAUCCAGAAAGAAAAACAGUGCCUUCAUUUUCUCAGCCUAUAGUGCCUUCAUUAUCAACUUCUCUCACAACUAUGGAGAGCAAACUUUCUACUCAGCGAACUCCUCCAUCCAGUCCUGUUAAGUCCUCUUUGGAGGUUAGGCUGUUUCCACAGCCUUAUACUCAGCCUAGAACACAGUCUCAAUCACAACAGCUGAAAAAAGUUGAGCAUCCUCUUCAGUCACCAGUGAAGCUAAAGUCAAAAAUUGAAAAUGAAGCACCACCCAGACCUCCUCUCCCUCAGGUCUACAAUCCUGAUGAUCACCCACCAGCUGUUCCACCUCUUCCAAGGGAAGCCAAUGUCAUCAGGCACACAUCAGUGCGAGGCCUAAAACGUCAGUCUGAUGAAAGAAAGAGAGAUCGAGAACUGGGGCAAUAUGUGAAUGGAGAUUAUAGGGGAGAACUUCGUUCAUACAUGAGUGAACCUGAAUUAGCUACAAUAGGUGGUGACCUCAGCCAAACUUCACUUGGUUUCAUAGGUUCUGACAGUGGAUACCAGACAUUACCUACCAGAGGAUUAUCUGGAUCAACUUCCAGACUGCACCAGACAUCCACCAGUUCAUCAUAUGCAACAUUUCAAAGAGAUAGCUCCAAGGAGAGACCAAAGAGUGCCUUGGAACGCUUAUACUCUGGAGACCACCAAAGAUGCAAGAUGAGUGCUGAGGAACAACUAGAAAGAAUGAAGCGACAUCAGAAGGCAUUAGUUCGUGAACGCAAGAGAACUCUUAGCCAAGGAGAAAGACAGUCUGUUUCAUCUCGGUCUUUCAUCCGGCCCGUUUCUGCAGACAUAGGCUCAUGGAAACGAGAACAAGAAUUUGAUUUGCAGUUACUUGAGAGAGCAAUACCUGGGGAAGAGAAAAACGAAAAUGACAGGUUAAAAAUUCAGCCUGUACCAGUGACAGAGAUGGACCUGGAACCUCAAGAUUAUAACUUAGAUAUCAGCAGAGAGUUGUCAAAACCUGAAAAGGUGGCAAUUCCAGAACGCUAUGUUGACCUGGACCCUGAAGAACCUCUCAGUUCAGAAGAAUUAGCCGCAAGACACCGUAAUACAGAAAAGAUAAAGAAUAUUCUUACCAGGUCUAGUAUGCACAACCUACAGCCUACUGUUGCUCAGGACAAACACAACUCAGUUGAUUUAGAUUCACAGCUGCAGGAGCAGGAACGCAUCAUUACCAUAUCAUAUGCUUUGGCUUCUGAAGCCUCUCAGCGGAGCAAGGAGGUAGCAGCUCACCAGUUGACCUACCCAUCUAAAGCACCCUCACCUUCUGUACCACAGCCACCUCACUCCCCCUUAAGCAAUGGAUUUCACUACACAUUUGUCUAA